UCUAAACCCCCUUCCAGAAAGAAACCUGCUCUCUUUCACUCGGCUUAACUGUUUGAAAAUCCAAAGCUUUUGAUUUCUCUUCUCUGGUUCUUUAUUCCCCGUUCUCUCUUCUGUAUCUUUCUCCUAGAGUUUUGGAUUCUGUUUUCCACCAUGGCUUCCUCUUCUUCGGAUCCUGGGCUCAAACCAGAAGUUGGUAGUGGCAGUGGUAGUGGCGGUGGUAGUGGUGGUGGAGAGAGUUCGGAAGCUGUGAUAGCAAAUGAUCAGCUAUUACUCUACAGAGGACUAAAGAAACCGAAGAAAGAGAGAGGCUGCACUGCCAAAGAACGUAUCAGUAAGAUGCCUCCUUGCACUGCCGGUAAACGCAGCUCCAUUUAUCGUGGAGUCACCAGACAUAGAUGGACUGGUAGAUAUGAAGCUCACCUUUGGGAUAAAAGUACAUGGAACCAGAAUCAGAACAAGAAGGGAAAACAAGUAUACUUGGGGGCUUAUGAUGAUGAGGAGGCUGCAGCUAGAGCAUAUGAUCUUGCUGCCUUAAAGUAUUGGGGACCUGGGACUCUCAUUAAUUUUCCAGUUACUGAUUAUACCAGAGACCUUGAAGAAAUGCAGAAUGUGUCAAGAGAGGAAUACCUGGCAUCUCUUCGGAGAAAGAGCAGUGGCUUUUCAAGAGGAAUUUCUAAAUACCGUGGGCUUUCCAGUCGAUGGGAUUCAUCAUUUGGCCGCAUGCCCGGUUCUGAAUAUUUCAGUAGCAUAAAUUAUGCUGAUGACCCAGCAGCAGAAAAUGAAUAUGUGGGAAGUCUUUGUUUUGAAAGAAAGAUUGAUCUAACAAGUUAUAUCAAAUGGUGGGGGUCCAAUAAAACUCGUCAAGCAGACUCCAUCUCAAAGUCAUCAGAAGAAACCAAAUGUGGUUAUGUUGAAGAUAUUGGUGAACUUAAAACAUCAGAAUGCGCCAUCCAGCCUACUGAGCCUUACCAGAUGCCUCGUUUGGGCAUGCCUGUUGAUGGAAAAAAGCAUAAAGGUUCAAAAAUCUCUGCCUUAAGCAUUUUGUCACAAUCAGCGGCAUACAAAAACUUGCAAGAGAAGGCUUCAAAAAAGCAAGAAAACAAUGCUGAUAAUGAUGAGAAUGAAAACAAAAAUACCAAUAACAUGGACUAUGGUAAGGCAGUGGAAAAGCCCACAACUCAUGAUGGCAGUAAUGAAAGGCUUGGAGCUGCAUUAGGAAUGAGUGGGGGGUUGUCUCUUCAAAGAAAUGUGUACCAACUGACUCCUUUCUUGUCUGCCCCACUUCUAACCAACUAUAAUACCGUUGAUCCCCUAGUAGACCCCAUCCUUUGGACAUCUCUUGUUCCUGUUCUUCCCACUGGACUUCCUCGUAAUUCUGAGGUUACAAAGACAGAGACCAGUUCUACUUACACUUUCUUUCGGCCAGAGGAGUGACUGCAUUUCCAUGUUGGUUCUGUAACAGGCCUGCUAUGGAUCACAACAUGAAAAAUGCAAGGAAAAAGUACUGAUAGGUCCUUUGUUAUUUUUUUAUUCUUUAUUUUUGUGCUUUUAAGGACCCCCCAAUCCCUAGCCCCUCUUUUUUUUUUGCUGUUUAAUAAUUACAUAUGUCUCAGAGAAUAUACAAAGGAACAUCAAUAUAUAUGUAUAUUAAUCACGUGUAGGGUUCAGCA